UUCAUUUAAAGCCCUGAGCCGGGAACGCCACUCAGGUGACGCGAAUAUCACUGAAGAGGGUCAGUCAGUUACCGGAGCUCCCAGGCUAACGGUCGUGCCUACGGUCUGCAAGCACAGGGCAGCCCAUCAGCGAAAAUGCAGAACAUUGGCACCCAGCUCCGGCGGGGCCUUACCUCCAUCUUCUCGGGCCGGGCGUCCCGGAAGCAGGCUGCCCGAGCCCAGGACCCAGCUGACACCAUGGAGACCUAUAGGAACCCAACAGAGGUGCAGAUGAGCCAGCUGGUGCUGCUAUGCCACACAAACCACCGAGGGGAGCUGAGCGUGGGGCAGCUGCUGAAGUGGAUUGACAUAGCCGCCUGUCUCUCAGCUGAGAGACACGCAGGCUGCCCGUGUGUAACAGCUUCGGUGGACGACAUCUAUUUUGAGCACACCAUUAGAACGGGACAAGUGGUCAACAUAAAAGCCAAGGUGAACCGGGCCUUCAACUCCAGCAUGGAGGUGGGCAUCCAGGUGACCUCAGAGGACCUGUGCACUGAGAAGCAGUGGAACGUGUGCAAAGCUCUGGCCACAUUUGUGGCCCAGCGAGACUCUUUCAAGGUAAAGCUAAAACAGAUCUUGCCACUGACAGAGGAGGAAAAGGUGGAGUACAGUGUGGCUGCAGAGCGUCGAAGGAUGAGGCUGGUGUACACAGAAACCAUCCAGGACCUCCUGGCCAACAGCGUCAUUCAGGAUGAUCUGGAGAGCAGAGACUGCAGCAGGAUGGUACCCGCUGAGAAGACCCGAGUGGAGAGUGUGGAGUUGGUGCUGCCUCCCCAUGCCAACCACCAGGGCAACACCUUUGGUGGACAAAUCAUGGCUUGGAUGGAGAAUGUGGCCACCAUCGCAGCCAGCCGCCUGUGCCAAGCCCAUCCCACCCUGAAGACGAUCGAGAUGUUCCACUUUCGGGGCCCAUCCCAGGUUGGGGACCGGCUGGUGCUCAAGGCCAUUGUCAACAAUGCUUUUAAGAACAGCAUGGAGGUCGGGGUGUGUGUGGAAGCUUACCGGCAGGAGAUGGAGUCUUAUCCGAGGCACCUCAACAGCGCCUUCAUGACCUUUGUCGUGUUGGAUGGAGAUGACCAGCCCAUAACCCUGCCCUGGAUUCAGCCGCAAGGCCGGGAAGGUGAGCGUCGAUACAGGGAGGCCAGUGCUAGAAAGAAGAUGAGACUGGACAGGAAGUACAUCGUGUCGUGUAAGCAGGCUGAGGUCCCUGUCUCUGUUCCCUGGGACCCAAGUAACCAGGUGUAUCUGAGCUACAAUAAUGUCUCCUCGCUGAAGAUGCUCAUGGCCAAGAACACCUGGGUCCUUACUUCAGAGAUCAAUAAGAUCAAACUCUACACCCUGGAGGAUGACAAAUUCCUGUCUUUCCACCUGGAGAUGACCGUCUACACGGACACAGCUCAAGCCUUUCUCCUCCUCUCAGACCUGGGCCGUAGGCCUGAGUGGGACAAGCACUACCAGAGCGUGGAGCUUGUGCAGCAGGUAGACGAAGAUGAUUCCAUCUACCAUAUCAUCAGCCCUGUUUUUGGCGGUGCCAAUGGCAAGCCCCAGGACUUUGUCAUCCUGGCCUCGAAGAGGAAGCCGUGUGACACUGGGGAGCCCUAUGUCAUCGCCUUGAGGUCAGUCACUCUGCCCACACACCCAGAGACCCCCGAGCGCACCCGAGGGGAGACGCUCUGCUCUGGCUUCUGUCUCUGGAGGGAAGGGGAUCAGCAAACUAAGGUAUCCUACUACAAUCAGGCCACGACCAGUUUCCUGAACUAUGUGACCACCAACUUGGCAGGGCUGUCGUCCGAAUUCAUCACCACCUUCAAGGCCUGUGAGCAGUUUCUUCUGGAUAACAAGAAUGAGCUGGCCCUCAGUCUCCAAAGCCUUUAGUGCUUCUCCCGGGCCGACCCCAGCACCCAUACCGCCUCCCCUGCUCCUCACCACCCCUUGGAGCACGACGGAGCAGAAGGGGGCAGGGGGCUGUGCUGAUCCUUAUGUCCAAAGGCGCCUUUCCUGGGUCUCCUGAUGAUGCCUCCUCUCAGGAUGUUCCAUGAGCCGGGCCUCAAAGAUGACCCCUUGCCCAAGCUUAGCUCUCCUGCCUCACCCUUUCCCGACCUCCCUGACUAUUAGCAAGGCUGUGCCCGAUGGGGCCUGCAUAGUUUGGGGGUCUGUCUCCUAGCAGCCUUGGGGCCCCAACCCGUGGACCUGGCGUCCAUUUGGAAGAACACAGGGGGUCAGCGCCCUCCGUGCCUUCCCCACCGGCUCCAGCCGGUAUCUGAACAGGGAGGUGGGGAGGGGUUGUAGCAGCCCUGUUGUUGGGCCAAAUAGAGACCCUGGCGACAGGAAGGAUAACGACAACUCCAGGGGCCAAAGGCACCCUGCCUGUGGAGCCAGGUCUCAUGAAGUUCUAGGAGACAAGAGGACCCAGAGAGCACAGUGCCUUAGGUCUGGGCAGAGGGGCUUCAGACCCUUCCCAGGCAGGACCUGGGCCGGAUGACCAGCCAGAGGCAGAUCUGGGUCAGGAGGGCCCCCAGGGAGAACAGGAACAGGCAGGUCCCAUAGGGGCUCAGUCAGGUUCUGUUACCUGGAAGUGCCCGAGAGCAGAAGCGCCUCACGGUGCCUUGGGAUGACUUAGGGAGGAAGAGGAGGGAGGGAGAGAGGGCAAGAAGGCCCCUGGGGAGGUUGGGAAGAGUUCCUGGUGCCGUCCAUCAUCAGCUGCUCCAUCCCUUUAGAUCAAGUGUCUGCUGCAUCUGUGCUACACAAAGGAAGGGUUGUAAAUAUAGCUGUUAAUUUGUAAAUCGCAAUAAAUUGCUAACUUGUCUCUA